CUCGCGAGUCGCGACUCGCGAAACACAACCGCGUCGAGCGUAGCGUAGCAUUCACGUUUCUUACGUUCCGUGCUUUAUCGAAAAUUAUUCUUAACUAAAAAACAUUUUUACAUUAAUUAAAUUAAGUAUAUUGCCACGAUUAUAUAUAAGCUGUGCUGUGCUAUACCAAAAAACAAUGUGAGAUAAUUUUUAAGUGAUUGUGUGUGAUUCGUGUUUUGCGUGACAUAAUUUUGUUGUUGUGAAAAGAUUUUAUUAUGGAAAACCGGCAUUAUUGGGAGGAGAAUGGGCAUACCGUCAAAUAUGACAGUUACAAUUCGAACGACGGCUUCGGUCGGCCAAAUGGUGAUCAGCUGAACUUCACAGCGCGUUCAGAGGAUGAAGGAGACUACAAUGCUGGGUCGGCAGCCUUCCUCAAGAAGGGAAAGGUCUCAAGGCAAGAUCCAAUGUCGCACCGCAUCAUCGAGAAGAGAAGACGCGAUCGAAUGAACAACUGUCUCGGAGACCUCUCCCGACUGAUUCCACCUGAGUAUCUGAAGAAAGGGCGUGGCAGAGUUGAGAAGACUGAGAUUAUUGAGAUGGCCAUCCGACACCUCAAGUUCCUACAGGAGCGAGUCAAUGCUGCUGAACGGCAAGUGGUGGAGGAUCAUUUCAAAGCGGGAUACCAGGAGGCAGUAGGGGAGGCUGUCAGGUUCCUAGUGGAGGUACAGGGCUUCGGUCCCGCGGACGGCCUCUGCGUGCAACUGGCGUCGCAUAUGCAGAGACAUUUCGAGGGUGUUACCAAAGGUGAGGUGUUACUACGUGAGAAAGUCCCACGAUCCCAGGGUGGGUCAUCUUCAGAGACCGCGAGCUCUUCAAGCAGUUCCCAUGGAUACGCCGUGAAAGGGGUCAUCCAGCAUCCGGAACCACCGCCAACAUUCCCCCGGGAACCUUUUGCACCGGAAAGACAGAUAGAGGCAUAUCCUAUGGAGUGUGAAAGAGUAUUAGUGGGCCCUAUCACGUUAGUGGACGACUCCAUUGCUGACCAACCGCUACCCCUGGAUGGACGGUGCAAACGUUCACCAACACUUCGCAAAGUGCGAAAACCGGAACACGGGGAGGACUAUUUACAUUCCUACAAAUUCAAGAACUCAAUAGAGAGGCGAUUUUCCCGGUCACAAGACAAUGAAGCGGCUCAGCAAGUAGCGAGACCUGCGCACGCGCAUAACAAAAUGUACAAUUACAAGAGGCGACGCGCGACCAAACCAGCGCCCUCUACUUCGACCUCGGCUUCGGGCUCCACUGAAGACACCAGAGAUACAUCGCCACAGGAUACUUCCAGUGAGUCACCGCAUAAUCAUCAGUACGAGAAACCACUUCCUCCUACGCAGUUUGUGCCCGUCUUCGCACUAAAUGCUCUUGGUAAAUACUACGUCCCACUUAGCGUGGAUUACGCGUGCUUAGCGCGAUAUCUAGGUCCAUACGACAUUUUAGACGCGCGUGCCGUACAACUCUCGGCGCCACUUCAUCCUGUGACUAUACACGUAAAUUUUCAGCCUUGUAUAAACUAUCACGUCAAACGCGAGCCCAACGAACGUGAUUGGAGGCCUGCGUAGAUGACAACACUGAAUCUAUGGUUAAAUAGGCUAAGAUAUUUCAAAAUUAGAUAACGUAUAUUUGAAUAAAAGUUCUUUAACGGAUAUAGAUAUAGACAGAUAACUGAUAUUAUAAUUAGUCUAUAGAAAUGUUGCUAUAUUAACGCUAUCUAUUGUCUAUUGCUCUAUAAGUGGUAGUGUUGGAGGCAGUCUCACUGGCCUCGAUUGCUGAAAAGUGGUUUUCAAUAAAUAAUAUUAAAAAUCGUUUAUAUCCGGUAACGAAAUUGUAUUUAAGUUAUUCCAUUCUAUAAAGUUAAAGUUCUUCUAUUCUUCGACGAUUAACAGGCCAUAAAAUCUUUUACAAAAAAAUUAAAUUAAAAUGGAUUUUAUAAAAAUGAGAGAUGUCAAUUCAGUCACAUUUUUGUAAAUUAUUAUGAACGGAUAUUGUCAAUUUACGACAGAAAAUAUUGCCAACUAUUCUGUCAAAGUCAAAAUGUCAGUCAUGAUGGGCGGGCUCAUUAAAGGGACCAACAUUUUCGUGACAUAUUUAGUUUUAGAUUAUUCCAAAUUGUAUGUAUAGAAAUAUGUGGAGGAGUAUUGUGAACUGGUCCUCCAGAGGGCGAGAAAUUGUAUAUAUCCUUAGUCGGAAUAACUUCGUUAGCGCGUUUAGGAUAUGACGUCAUCACAGUGUCGCUGCAGAUAUUUCCAAAUAUUAACAUUUUAGACCAAUUCAUCGCCGGAUACAAUGUCAAUGUUGGAUUUAGACGAAAUGUACUAAAAUUAGAUAAAAACAGAAAAACUCUAUUUUAAUAAAUAUUUAUACCAUUUUAGUCCUAAUUUUAAAAUAUAAGGUAUGUAAAUUGAACUGACAAAUUAAAGUAAGAGAUGUUUAAGAUAUACGUAGAUAUUUAUUAUAUUUUGGUGGGAGGUGAAGUUAAGACUGCGUCAGACUUGGCAGGCGACGUUCAGUGUUCUUAGUCUCGGCUGUGAUAUAAAGAAUGUACCUAGUCAAGAUCUCUGGUGAUGCUUGACGUAUUUUUGAAUAUUAUUUAGCUAUAAGGCAUAUACAUAAUAAAAAGUCAAUUUUACAAUGUACUCGGUGAUAAAUAUUGCACCCAUGUCUGGCCGUAUAAUCUCGUCUGGCUAGUUUUUGAAGUUAUACUUCUUAAGGCGCGUUAUGAAAAAUUGAUGAGAGUGAAAUUUUACGAUGCGCGCGCACCGUCACACAAAAUUAACAGAAUGAAGUUGCCCACGGAAGAUGCUACGGCAU